UUGAAAAUGAAGGAGCGGCGAGCGAACAGGAAGAAGAAAAGGAAGCUAACUGCAGUUUAGCUGCUUUUAGCGUUUCGAUAAUGGCGCCUUUAGACCUCGAUAAGUACGUAGAAAUAGCGAGACAGUGCAAAUAUCUGCCUGAAAACGAUCUAAAGAGAUUAUGUGAUUAUGUUUGUGAUUUACUGCUUGAAGAAUCAAAUGUUCAGCCAGUCGCUACUCCGGUUACAGUUUGUGGAGACAUUCAUGGUCAGUUUUAUGAUCUAUGCGAGCUCUUCAGAACUGGAGGCCAAGUACCAGACACAAAUUACAUUUUCAUGGGAGAUUUUGUAGACAGAGGAUAUUAUAGCUUGGAGACUUUUACACACCUGCUAGCUUUAAAAGCCAAGUGGCCAGAUCGUAUCACACUCCUUCGAGGGAACCAUGAGAGCAGACAAAUAACUCAAGUGUAUGGAUUUUAUGAUGAGUGUCAGACAAAGUAUGGAAAUGCAAAUGCCUGGCGGUAUUGCACGAAAGUGUUUGAUAUGCUGACUGUGGCAGCUUUGAUAGAUGAGCAGAUCCUGUGUGUCCAUGGUGGUCUCUCACCGGACAUCAAGACUUUGGACCAGAUCCGAACCAUCGAACGCAACCAGGAGAUUCCUCACAAGGGGGCUUUUUGUGAUCUUGUGUGGUCAGAUCCAGAGGAUGUGGACACCUGGGCUAUCAGUCCACGAGGUGCUGGCUGGCUUUUUGGCUCCAAGGUUACUAAUGAGUUUGUUCACAUCAACAACUUGAAGCUCAUCUGCCGUGCACACCAGCUGGUUCAUGAAGGCUACAAGUUUAUGUUUGAUGAGAAACUGGUGACCGUGUGGUCAGCGCCCAACUACUGCUACCGCUGUGGGAACAUUGCCUCCAUCAUGGUCUUCAAGGACGUCAACAGACGAGAGCCCAAGCUGUUUCGAGCCGUUCCCGACUCUGAACGUGUGAUACCUCCUCGAACAACCACCCCCUACUUCCUCUAAUGAUAAAGCGGAAGUUUUCUCUUAGCUCUACCCUCUGGACUUCUCAUCCCUCAAAUAUUAUUCAGCAAAAGAUUACAUGCAGGAAAUCUUAUAAGACUUCCUGGAUUUUGUUUUUUGCACUUCUCUCUGUGCAGCUGAAGAGCACCUGUUGGGUCAGCCAUCAGAUCCAUGCCGUGCUUCCUUCCUUUUUUGUAAACUCACAACAUGUUUUAGGAAGUUAACACAAGUUAAGAGUGUUUUGAGUAGCAAAGAGUUUCUUUAAGGCUACAGUCUGUUUGCACCACACCCACAUUCUGCUAUAAAAGUAGGAAAAAUAUCUUUUUAUACACCCAAUGCCAGACUCAUACUGUUAAAUGACUUCAUAUUUUAAAUAAUUACAAUUUUUGAUCUUAUGUAUCCCUCCCAAGAAAAGUAAUUGACAAAUAUUUAUAGUAGCUCGUGCCAACGAUAGAUGCAUAUAAGUGAAGUGAUAAAUACUGUUUCCUUUGAUUCACUGUGUAAAACGCUCCUGAGCGAUUCUCUCAGCGUUUUGCCUUAACUGCUGAUUUCAUACUUUAGCUUCAGUUUAGUUUUCUUUUUUUUUUUUU